AUGAGUUAUGGACCACCAGACCGCCAGCAGAUUCACAACUACGAAACACCGAAUCGAUUCAAAAUCAAGACUGUUUGGAUCUUCGUGGGAGGCCCUGAGGGGCGGAACCAAAUCAUCAGGAGCGGGGAAGACCCCGGGAAAGGUGACGUCACCAGAGUCCCAGCUGCUCCUCCUGUCAUCAGACCGCAGUACCACGUGGACCAGCCAGACACGGGUGGACGGCGGUCACAGCGGCUCCGAAAGAGUCCACAAACGGAGACGGACCAAGUGCACAUUCUGGAAUCGGCUCAGGAGCGACAGAGGAAGCAGAAAAUCAUGCCCAGGUUGUGUGAUUCAGGGAUCGAGGAGGAUUUAGGAUGGGAAGUGUCCUCGAAUUGUUCUCAAGCUGGGGCAGCUUCGUCCCUGCUCCACGAAGAGCCGGAGAGUCCUGCAGGACAAGUGUCCACCUGGUACCUGCAGUACGGGGACAUCGGCUACAAGAUCCAGAGGGAAAAGGAGGCGCUGUUUCACCCGUGUCAAAGCUUAGCUCACCAGCCACAAUUGGAUGCAGAGUCACGUUGUAAGCUCGUCAGCUGGCUCAUCCCAGUGCACAAACAUUUGCACUUGUCCUUUGAAUGCUGCUGCCUUUCCAUCAACAUCAUGGACCGAUUUCUGGCAUCCACACCUCUGGCUGCUGACUGCUUCCAACUACUGGGUGUCACCACGCUUCUCCUUGCUAGUAAACAGGUGGAGGUUUGCUCCCCGUCGAUCAGCCAUCUCUUGUCACUGUGCUGCGAUGCUUUCACCAAGGAGCAGCUCUGCAACCUGGAGUGUUUCAUCCUCAUCCGUCUUAACUUCUGCCUUGCGGCCCCCACGCUGGCCUUUUUUCUGGACUACUACACAAACUGCAUGGAGGCUGCUCAGCUUGAGAGUGCAAAUACAGGUGGACAAGAGUCCACACUGAAGAGUUCAAACACCCAGAUUUCCAGGCAGUGCAGCAGACUUGCCAAAAGGGUGUGCGAGUUGAGUUUAGCAGACUAUGCUUUUAAUAAGUACCUUCCAUCUCUGACUGCCAGCUGUGCCCUGAUGCUGGCCAUUGAGUUAGUGAAAACCCAACAAGGGCUUGACAAACCGAAAAGGCCUGUGCCUGAGCUGAUCCAGGCAAAGGACGACCAGUGGGACAGUUUUGUGGAACUAAGCAUAAGUAAGGAUUCACUGGGAGGCAGUAAUCAACCAGCCGAAACCCUACAGAGACCUGAACUCGGCUCACUGGAAGAGAACUGCCAUUUUCUGUCUGUGGAUCAAGAGGGUUAUGACCAUAAUCUGACUGAGGAAUGCAGAGAGAACCUGAAACUGUUGGUGACACUAAACCAGGACAUUUUGGAAGUGGUGAUGUGA